CAGUUAAGCCGCCUGCUGGCACUCUGUGAAAACGCUGUCGGAGCUUUCGUUAUCCAUUGGAAACGCUGCUAGAGAAAUUGAGUUUGAAAUUGCAGUUCAGUCUUGUCGUGAAUGCAGCGCAGAUCGAUAUUAAAACCUGGAGCAGCGGGUGGCGCUUUGACAAAAAUUCGACAUUUAAUUUUUGUAUCCCCAUUUGGGUAGAAAUUCCCAAAAAAAAUUUCAAGCAUCUAAUUCACCAGCUUCAUAUUCCGUACAAAAGUUAAAUCAAAAUUGUUGGAAAAAUUAAAAAAAAAGUGUGUUACAAAUCGAGUUGAACAGUUGUGUAAGCAAAUCAAGUGCUUGAACAAAAUCAGCACUAAAAGGUGAAAUCAAUAGUUCAAUUAAUAAUAAUGUGCUUAAACUAAAAAGAUAAUUGUUUAUUUCAUAUGUAGAAAUAUUACCUCUGAUGUGGCAUUAAAAAAUUUUCGCCUACGUACAGUGAAAAUUUUCCGAUUUUUAGUAUGUACAUGUACGUUGAGGCGCUUGUGGGCGCCGCAGUAGCAACGGGCGGAGGGGGCGUCCGGCGAGCUUUUGCCACCCCUACGCCAAGCCACAUAUUCGGCUGCUAACGGUUUGCUAACACGAAUAAAUUGUAAGAAAAGAAAAAAAAUGUGCACGCUCGUGAGCAAUUUGUCAAGCAAUAUGCAAAUUAAGUCUACAAAAUGCCAAAAACUCAAAGAACAUUGCAAUCGAAAGUGGAAAACAAGGCAACAUUAGCAACAAUUUAAGUGAUUUGUGCUAAAGAAAAAACAAAAAAGAAAAGAAAAGUAACGGUAACGGUAGCGUAACAGCGUAACAACAGCCGCAGCCAACUUUGCGUACGACGAGCUUUACUCUCCCACUCUCUUUCGCUCGCUCACUCUCUGUCUUUUGAUUGACGCUCUCACACACGUCUCACACACGACUACACAAAGAAAAGUUCAAUGAAAGUUACACGCGCGGAUAAAAUUCCAAAGUGUUUCGGUCUCGUGUAGUAAUAGUAGACACCAAUACAAGGACACGGAAAGCUGCCCGUCAAGGACUGGAAUACGAAUACGAAAAGGAAUACGAAUACGCAGAAAGAGCAAGGCGACAUUUUUACGUUUUACGCGCGCAACUCCGCAUGCUUGUAUUAGUGCGUGCGUGCGUGCGUUCGUGCGUCCGUGUGUGUGUGUGAAUGAGCGCGCGCCAAGUGCAACAUAUCUGAGUUAAAGAGAUUAAGAUAUACAUACAUACAAAAAAGGGACACAGACUAUGCACUUGCGGCAAUGAUAGCCCACAGCAUGGAGAACGCCCACAAAAUGGACGAGCUGCUGUCCAAUGCGCUGUUAAAGCCCGAUAAUCGGCUACUGCCCGAGCCAGACGAGGCGCCCUGCUCCUCCUCCUCCUCCUCCUCCGACUUGCUGUUCAAUAAGGCGCGCCGCCGGCGAAGAGAUCUCGCCGAGACUCGCUCACGUCCUUGCCCACGGCCAGCCAUUGUGCUGGUGGAAUAUCGUCGCUCAUAUCGGGUGCUGAUUGUGACGGCGCUUCUGGUCAGCCUGGUGGCCAGUUUUAUAACGAUCAGUGCCGGCUUCCAGCUGGAUGGAUCGCAGAGCUCUUUCUACACCUUUCGCAAAUGGUAUACGGGUCUGAAUGGCACGCUGGAGCUGGAGUUCAAGACGGAGCAGCCCAACGGCCUGGUCCUCUAUACGGACGACGGCGGCACCUACGAUUUCUUCGAGCUCAAACUGGUUGAGGGCGCACUGCGUCUGCGCUAUAAUCUGGGCGGCGGUGCCCAGAUCAUCACGGUGGGACGCGAGCUGCACGACGGACACUGGCAUAAGGUGCAAGUGCUGCGCAACGAUGAUCAGACCUCCUUGAUUGUCGACGGCGUCUCACAGCAGCGCUCCACCAAGGGCAAGGAGUUCCAGUUCGGCAAAUUCGCCAGCAACUCGGAUGUGUAUGUCGGCGGCAUGCCGAACUGGUACAGCAGCAAGCUCGCCUUGCUGGCCCUGCCCAGCGUCAUCUUUGAGCCACGCUUCCGUGGCGCCAUUCGCAAUCUCGUCUAUGCCGAUCAGCCGGGCGGCGUCACCAGGCGGCAGGAAAUGAAGCAGCCGCGUGACAUUAAAUGUGGCGACGCGCCUUGUGACCAUGGCGAGAUGCCACCCCGCGAAAGAGGAAUGAGGGGCGUUCGCGGCAACACAACCGACGCCUGUGAGCGCAACGAUCCCUGCCAGCAUGGCGGCAUAUGCAUAUCGACUGACUCGGGUCCAAUAUGCGAGUGUCGUAAUCUGGAGUACGAUGGCCAGUAUUGUGAGAAGGAGAAGGCGCCAUCCGAAGCAACGUUCCGCGGUACACAGUUCCUCUCGUACGAUCUGGGCCAGACGGGCGCAGAGCCCAUUGUCAGUGCCCAGGAUGCCAUCUCCUUCUACUUUCGCACCCGGCAGCCGAACGGACUGCUCUUCUACACGGGCCAUGGCACUGACUAUCUGAACCUGGCGCUGCGCGAUGGCGGCGUCUCGCUAACCAUGGGCCUGGCCAAUGGCAAGCAGGAGAUGCACAUAAAGCCCGCCAAGGUGCGAUUCGAUGAUCAUCAGUGGCACAAAGUGACCGUCCAUCGCCGCAUUCAGGAAAUCUCGUCCAUAACCAGCUUCUGUCGGCUCGUCACGGUCGUGGAUGACGUUUACACGGAUCACUCGCACAUCGCCGGCAAGUUUACCAUGCUCUCCUCCUCGCGCGUCUAUGUCGGCGGCGCUGUCAAUCCUCGUGCUCUGCUCGGCGCUCGCGUGCACAACAACUUCGUCGGCUGCCUGCGCAAGGUGGAGUUCUCGGCGGACACGUUGAACCUUAAUCUCAUCGAUCUGGCCAAAAGCGGCUCCAAGCUAAUACAGGUGGCUGGCAAUGUGGAAUACCAGUGCCCCAGCGGCGAUCCCCAGGACCCGGUCACAUUCACCACACGCGAAUCCCAUUUGGUGUUGCCCCCCUGGGAGACGGGCAAGCAGAGCUCGAUAAGCUUUAAAUUCCGGACUAAGGAACCCAAUGGCAUCAUCAUAUUGGCCACGGGCUCCAAACAGCCACGCGCCAAAAACCCUGUGUUGAUUGCCAUUGAGCUGCUCAACGGUCACAUCUAUAUACAUCUGGAUCUGGGAUCGGGCGCCUCGAAGAUACGCGCCUCGCGACGCCGCGUGGACGAUGGCGACUGGCACGAUCUCAUCCUGCGCCGCAACGGUCGCGAUGCCAAGGUGAGCGUGGACGGUGUAUGGAACGAUUUCCGUACGCCCGGCGACGGCACCAUACUCGAGCUGGACGGACACAUGUAUGUGGGUGGCGUUGGGCCCGCCUACAAUAGCGUUGCCUGGCCGGCGGCCAUCUGGACGGCGACGCUGCGUCAAGGAUUUGUCGGCUGCUUGCGUGACCUGGUGCUCAGCGGCAAGGCGAUCGAUAUAGCAGCCUUUGCACGCGUUCAGGAUUCCGCUUCUGUGAAACCGUCGUGCCAUGUGCAGGGCAAUGUGUGCGGAGGCAAUCCCUGCCUGAAUGGCGGCACUUGUCUGGAGGGCUGGAACCGACCCAUCUGCGACUGCUCGGCAACCCUGUACGGCGGACCUACCUGCGGCCGGGAGCUGGCCACCUUGGCCUUCAAUGGCAGCCAGCACAUGACCAUUUGGCUGGCCAAUGGCCAGGGCACCAAGACCCAAACGGAGGAGCUAGUCAUACGCUUCAAGACAUCGCGACCGGCCGGGCUGCUGCUCCUAACCAGCGCCGAAUCCAACUCGCCGGAUCGACUAGAGAUCGCGCUAGUAGCGGGUCGUAUUCGCGCCAGCGUUCGGCUCAGCGAUCGGGAGAAGAACCUGCUCGCUGGCCAAUCGGUGCUCAAUGACAAUAAUUGGCACACCAUACGCUUUUCGCGCCGAGCGUCCAAUUUGCGUCUACAAGUCGACGGGGCUCCCCCCGUCAGGGGUAUGUUAUCUGAGACAAUACUGGGACGCCACAGCACCAUGGAGAUCCGUUCGAUUCAUCUGGGCGGGCUGUUCCACGCCGAGGAGGAGAUCCAAAUGACCUCGACCAUGCCGAACUUUGUGGGCCAAAUGCAGGGCUUCAUAUUCAAUGGUCAGCGUUACCUGGACAUCGUUAAGUCGCUGGGACCGGAGCUGUCAGCGCUGCCGAGCGCCACGUUCAAGCUGACGGCACGGUUCGUCAACUCGCCGGCGGGACAGCCGUAUCAUGCGGCCACCUUUCGCUCCAAGCACUCGUAUAUUGGUCUGGCCAUGCUCAAGGCCUACACGAGCAUAUCGAUAGACUUUCGCUUCAAGACCGUCGAGCCGAAUGGCCUGCUCGUCUUCAAUGGCGGGCGACGCAAUGAUUUCGUCGCUGUGGAGCUGGUCAACGGACACAUACACUACACAUUCGAUCUGGGCGAUGGGCCUGUGACGAUGCGCGAUAAGUCGCGGAUACACAUGAACGACAAUCGCUGGCAUCAGGUCAGCAUUAGGCGGCCCGGACCCAAGACGCACACAUUGACCGUGGACGAUUCGUUUGAGAUAAUCACAUUGACCGGCAACAAUAUGCAUCUCGAGCUGGCGGGCAUCCUCUAUAUUGGCGGCGUAUUCAAGGACAUGUACUCGAAGCUGCCGGGCUCAAUAUCGUCCCGUUCCGGUUUCGAGGGUUGCCUGGCCUCGUUGGAUCUGGGCGAUAGCUCGCCCUCGCUGACCAGCGAUGCGGUUGUGCCCAGCUCGCUGGUGGUCACCGGCUGCGAAGGACCGACCAAGUGCAGCCAGAAUGCGUGCGCCAAUCGCGGCGUUUGUGUUCAGCAAUGGAAUGCCUAUGCCUGCGAAUGCGACAUGACCUCCUACACGGGUCCGACCUGCUAUGACGAGUCCAUUGCGUACGAGUUUGGCAACAACAAGGGCAUGGUGCAGUACAGCUUCCCGGAGAAUUCACAGGCAGACACCGAGGAGGACAACAUUGCGCUGGGCUUCAUCACGACCAAACCGGAUGCCGUGCUGCUACGCAUCGAGAGCGCCACCACGCAGGAUUACAUGGAACUGGAGAUUGUCGAGGGCAAUAUCUUUAUGGUGUACAACAUCGGGAGCGUGGAUCUGCCGCUGGGCGAGAUCGGCACCAAGGUCAACGACAAUGCCUACCAUGUCGUGCGAUUCAUCCGCAAGGGCGGCAACGCGACCCUCCAGCUGGACGACUACAAUGUGCAGGCGCUCACGCCGCAGGCACACCACUCGACCGUCUUCAAUACCAUGUCCAAUAUUCAGGUGGGCGGCAAAUUUAGCCGCAACGGUCGCACCAGGAUCGAGCGUCCAUUUGCGGGCGUCAUUGCCGGCUUGUCGGUGAACAAGCUGCGCAUUUUGGAUCUGGCCGUUGAGCGCGAUCCGCAUAUCAGCAUUCGUGGAGAUGUUCAAUUGGUAACUGGAGUAUUAGAUAGAAAUGAUCUGCAGAGAAUGCAGCAGACUUUGAAUUUUACUCGACUACAGACGCCAGCGAGCGGCUAUCCGGGCGCCAUAGACGAUCUGAUCUUCUCCGGGGCCGGGUCCGGUUGUCGCGGCGACGACGAGGACGAGUGCACGCCGCCAUUCGAGUCCGGCAGCGGCGAUGAUCUGAUAACGCCCGUCUAUGUGCCGCCCACCAAGCAGACGACGACCACGCAGCAGUCCAACAGCAACAACAACAACAACAACACGAACAACAACAACAUGAACAACAACAACAACAAUGGCACGGAGCGCGCCUGCGAUGAUGAGGACUGUGUGCAUGGUUCCGGGGAUUAUGGCGAGACAACGGAACAGUUCACAUCGACCAGCACGGCCAAGGCUGCAGAGUCCAACAACGAGCUGGUGACCGCAUCCACAACCGGACGCAGCGAUCUCACCACCGAGCAGCAGCAACAUGGCAGCAGCAGCAGCAGCAGCAGCGGAGGAUUGGGCAGCAGCAGCACCUCUACGUAUAUGACUACAAUGUCCAGCAGCACGUCCAGCAGCCAGCCGAGCAGCAGCAGCGAGAGCAGCACGACGACAACAGCCUCGACGACAACAACAACAACCUCGACAACAACGGUGAUGAGCAGCACAACAGCACAGCCGGAGAUGCGCACCACAGUCGCGGAGCACGAAACCACGCACGAUAUCUACGUGGCAAUAGGCGGCGCAGGAGGCGGAGGGGGAGGCGACGGCAAUCGGGAUCAUGAGCGCAUGCAGCUGCCCGACUCGGAUCACCAGCUGCCGCCGAUGCCGCCGCCGCUGCCACCGCAGCCGGAUCCGCCGCCAUACGGACCUUACGGCGGCGGCACGACCACGUACAACAGCAAUGUGAACAGCUAUCGGCCCAAGGGCGGCAAGGGCGGGCGCAUCAAUUCGAUUGAGGAGGAGCGCACGGCCAUGAUCAUUGGCAUUGUGGCGGGCAUUCUAAUUGCGGUAAUCCUGGUGAUCUUGCUGGUGCUGUGGCUCAAGUCGAACGGCGAUCGCGGUUACAAGACGGAGAGCGAAAAGGCCGCCGCCUACGGUUCGCAUAAUCCGAAUGCCGCGCUGCUGGGCAACACGAGCACGAAUGGCUCGUACCAUCAGCAGCGACAGCAUCAUCAGGCAGCCGGCGGCGGACUACCGGGACAGCUACAUGGUCAGCACCAGCUGCACCAGCAGCAGCAGCACCAGCAGCAGCAGCAGCAGCAGCAGCACAAUAUCAACGUAGGGGGAGGGGGAGGCAUGAUGUCCAGCGGCAGCGGCUCGCUGGGCUACGGCAGCGACGGGCGACCCCAGAUGGCGGGCCUGGUGCAGCCGAAGGCCAAGAAGCGCGACUCCAAGGAUGUCAAGGAGUGGUAUGUGUAAGUGCCAGCUAAAAAACAUAACAAAACAGCGUCAAAUUAGCAAUACGACAGGUGAUCUCCAGGUGAUCCAGGUGAUCCAAGACAAAACCAAGUACUUUACUUCAUUUAAAGACAAGAAAUGAUAAAUAAUAUACAUAUAUUUAUUUAGCAAUCUCUCGACACAAGCAUUGACAAAGUGUACAAAUGACAACGGGAAGGAUAAUAAGGAGCAUUCCUUUGUUAUGGACACAAAUGAAGAUUACAUUAAUAAACACACACACAAUAUUUUAGCUGCAUACGCAUUAAGUUUUAAAGGUAUUCGAAGAAAAAAGUUACAAGCAAAAAGAACAACUUAAAUCAGCAAAAAAAAACUAUGCCCAAGUAAUUAUUGCUUCAAACUCAAGACUUGCUAAAAAAGAAAACAAAAAAAAGAGAAUAGAAAUCACACGCAUAUAUCAUUGUGUUAUAAAAUAAAUGACGCCACUAGCCAAUCAAAUAAUUGUGUAUAAUAUAUCGCUAAUAAAUAAUUAAAUACAAAUAUAAAGCAUGAGCAAAUGUUAGCUAAGCGCGGCCUAUAUUAAAGCAAACCUAAACUAGAAUUACACACAAUUUAGCGCAAUUCGAUGUAAACGUAAAUUAUUAUUCUAUAAAAAUACUAUACAAAUACAAAUACAAAUACAAAUACAAUAUAUAAAGUUCGACAAAGCAGCGUGUAAAGUUACAAAUUCUGGUGCUGAAAAUUAAAUAUUCGAAUUAUUAUUCUAAUGAUAAUGCAAUAAUUAAAUGCAAAAUAUUGUUUAUUGAGACCGGCUUUAAUUAAAGUUAAUUGACAGAAAUUGAAUACAAUUUUGCAAUUUGGUUGACUAAGCGAUUUCUUUAAUAAUUAAUUGAUUCAAACAAUUUAAUUCGUAAAAAAACGAAAAACGAAGCCAACCUAUAUAUACUUUAAAUAUAUGUAUAUGUAUUUGAGACUAUAUAUUGUCAUGGACUCCUCCUAAACAAUAUGAACUCGGACAUAUCAAUUCAAGAGACACACACACUCUCUCACACACACACACACACACACACAGAGACACAGACAGGCACAUGCGACACUUGACACUGAAGCGAACCUACCUAGCUUUUUUACAAAUGCUAACAAAUGUGAGCAGAAUUACUUUACAGCUGAAAAAAGGGAAACGGAAACGAAAACGGAAACGGAAACAAGCAACAAUUUUACAGUAUUAGAGCCGCUUUUGUGCAUAUUUUUCGAGGCUAACGUGACGUAUACGCAAUCAGCAGCAGCAGCAACUAACAAUAAGGCAAAACUACCAAUACAAACACAAGCACACCUACACACGCACACCUACACACACUCACACAGAUUUAACUUCAAUCAUUUGUACUUGCAUAUAUCAAUUUGGAAGGCUUUAUUUAAUUCCGCUGCUAUUUGUAUACCACAUUUUUGUACACUUAUAUACUCUUAUACACUUGUACUCACAUAUAUAUCUAUAUAUAUAUUGGAGUUAUACACGCACACACACACACUUACAACACGCGAAUUGGCUGAAUAAAUUCCUCUUAAAUUUGCUUUAAAUUAAAAUUUAAUAUAUAUAUGUAUAUUUACAUAUAUGUACAUUUGACUACUAUUUAUAUAGAAUUACCAAAUUUUUUCGAUACAUUUUUGAGUUAUUAUAUUACCUCAACUUGUAUACAAGCGAAAUACAACACGACAAACAAACAAAACAAAAAAAAACUAGCGAAUCUAGCAAAAGAGAACACUUAGGACACUUACAACACUAUACAAUGCACAUAUAUAUAUACAUACAUAUACACACACAUAUAUACAAAGGCAACCCUACUUACAUAUAUACUCUACUCUUUAUAAAUGUACAUCUAUACAACAUAUACAUACACAUAUACAAUAUAUUGUAACGAUUGUAAUUAAUGAACUAUUAUUAUUAUGUAUUUUGUCCCUUCGAACAAAUUAAAAUGCUGUUGAUAACAAAUUAAACAUUCCCACUUAAAUAUGUAUGUACCACUCUCCAAUGGCUACGACAAAUUUCUCUCUCUAUAUAUACAUCUAUAUAUAUAUAUAUAUAUGUAUGUAUGUAUGUAUCCUCUCACAAUGUUAAUGCUGCACAAGGAAAAAAAACUCUGCAUUUAAAGUAAACCACAAAGUUUAUUCAUUUCGAAUUGAAGUAAACUCAAAUUUUGCCUUGCGAUUAUUAAAAGUGCACCCCAAAAAACGAAAACCAAAUAAAUUCAACCUAUUGAAAAUUCUACGCGCCAUGCAAAUAAAACUUAAUAAGUUGUUUAAUAACAAUAUAUUAGAUAAAGCAAAUACAACUACCAAUUGAUUAACGAAUAAUGUUAUGUAUGAUAAACCUAAAUGAUAAGGGGCAACGCAAGUACAGUUAGUUUAAUGAGUAACAGUAACGGUAACGGUAACUUAGUUAAACCAUGUAAUAGUUGAAUGAUUGUAGGAACAGGUAAAUGCGAAUGAAAUGCAAACAAUGUAUCAAUACAACUUAAACUUACAUAUAUCUAUUUAGGCUUAAUAUCAUUGUUAUCUAAUAUAUAUAUACGAAAUUACCACACACACCCACAAACACACCCAAACACACACACAUACACACACACACACGUACCCAGUAUAUAGCGACAAAGAAUAUGUAUAUGAACAUGUAAUGGCUGCGCCUAUAUUAUAACAAAUCGUAACGUGUAUGGACAUGUAGCGGCAGUGAUUGUUAAUGAAAUGGCUUUGUUUUGUGUUAGAUUUUAUAAUUUAUGAGAAAGAAAAAACGGUAUAAAAUUGCAUACAAAUACAGAAUGACUGACAAAACACAGAAUUAUAACAUUGCAUAUAAUAAAUAAA